AUGCAGCACCACGGCGGCACGUAUGCAAGCCCAGUGGCCACAUCUGGCUAUGCUCUGCACCCUUCCCAGCAGCCCGCAGUGUAUGUCUACCAGGGGCAGAAGUAUAGCGACUUCCACCAGCUCCAAGCAGCCAUGCAGCAAGCUCCACUGCCGGUCGCGCCGGUCGCGCCGGCCAGUGCACCCUGGGGGGAGGCCUUGAAAGAUUCGGCAGCCUUGGAGCGAAAAGUUCACGAACUCUUCGUGCAAUAUGCUGGAGCUGAUCGAAAAUUGGACCCUCCGGAGUUGCAUGGACUCGCCGUGUGUGUUGGACAGCAGCUGGGAGUGGACCCCAUGGCCUUCGGAGACGUCAGGACCUUGUUCCACCGCUUUGAUUUCAGCGGUGACGGGCACUUGGACGAGAAGGAAACGCUGAACCUGAUUCAGUACAUGCUGCGCGUCCAUCGCGACCUGCAGCGGAAACGCUCCGCUCAGCUGGCGCAGAAACCGCAUGCGCCGGAUUUCACGGCGAAAUCCAUUCCCUUCAAACAGGUGGAAACGGUCUUUGAUUUGCAGAAGAAGCUGGGACAAGGAGGGCAAGGUGCUGUGUACCUGGCCGCCGAGCGCAGCACGCAGCAGAAGCGAGUCGUGAAAUUUUACGACAAGACUUGCGCGAAUGCGCCGGUGGAGGACAUCGUGGAGGAGUUUAAACUUCUGACCAAAUUGGACCAUCCAAAAAUUGCCCGAGUUUACGAGGUGUUUCAAGACCAUGCCUACAUUUACGUGGUGAGUGAGCCCUACUUUGGCGGGGAUCUCACGACUUGUGCGCAGAGGGCCAGUGAGAAUGGAGUGGCCUUGAAUCAGCACUGGCUGGCCGGGAUCCUUCGGCAAGUCUGUGCAGGCAUCCUGUAUCUCCACAACAACAAGUGCAUGCACUGCGACAUCAAGGAACCCAAUGUGAUGAUUUCUGGAGACUCUGACUGGCAUGCUCCGAAUGUUGUGGUCAUUGACUUUGGCUUGGCGCGGGAUUUCAAGAAAUACAGCACGGGAGUCAUGGGAACACCUGGCUACAUGCCGCCAGAGGUUUGGAUGCAAGGCAUUUGGACCAUCUAUGGCGACGUCUUUUCCAUGGGUGUGAUGUUUUACAACCUCUACUGUCUACAUCAGAGGAAAGCCUUUGAAGGGAGAACGGUGCAGCAGCUUCAAGCACAAGCUUGCCAGUUGGCUGUUGACUGGCAGCCCUUGUCGAACUGCUUGUCUUUCCAGCACUUGGUGCAGCAGAUGAUGCAGCCCUCUUUCAAAGCCAGACCGAAAGUGGAGCAGGUGAUGAUGCACGACUGGUGGCGGGAAGCUGGAAAGGAAGAAACGAGUCCUAUCUCCAAUAAGGCGAUUUCAGAGCUGGGCAAGCUUCGACAGACGAGUGAUUUGCACAGGGCCUUGAUGACAGACAUGGUGGGCAGGGAAAAUCUCACCCAGCUGAAGGAGCUCAAUGAUCUUUUUGCUUCCAUGGAUGUGGAUCACAGCGGCACGGUCACUGAAGCCGAAGCCAGACAGGCUUUGAAGAAUAAGAUGCCAGCAACCGAAAUCGAGCGAUUGGUGAGCACGCUGAUGGGCGACAAAGGUUCCCUGACCUACAGCCGCUUUAUGGCUGAGAUGAUAGCGGCCAAAAAGGCUGAGAAUGAUGAGGUGCUGUGGCGAAUGUUUAAGGAGUUGGACGUGGAUAACAACAACUCCCUGGAUGCCAAUGAGAUUCGGGCUAUGCUACAAAAGCAAAAGGUCAGAGAAAUUAUGGCCGAUCGCACUGUUACUGAUGUGAUGGACAAGAUGGGCCUGAACCGCUCUGGAAGUGUAUCGUUCCAGGAUUUCAAGCGAGCACUGGAAACGGUGCAAAAUGAGUCGCAGGUUCAGGACUCGUCUUCGGGGUCUUCGCAAUUGCGGGAAGGGGACAAGGUACAAUACUUCUCGUCAAGCUAUGCUAUGUGGAUGGAUACGACCAUUGUGGCCCUAGACUCCACGACUGGUGCGAUGCAGCUUCAGUGCAAACCAGGCUACUGGCUGCCACCAGAAGAACAGCAUAAAGUGUUACGAAUCUCUGCCUUCAACUCUCAGGAGCUUUCGAACACAGCGUUUGGGUACGCAACUGUGAGUGCCAUCAAUGUUCCGCUGAUGGAUGCCAUUGCGGCAGAGAUGGUAGAGAGGAUUGAAGCGGGAGCUGCAGACAACCAAGCUCUUUCCAACACUGCUUGGGCGUUUGCCAAGUGUGAGCUGUACUAUGAACCACUCCAUGAAGCCAUCUCGGCUGCUGCCAUUCGAAGAGUGUCAGAAUUUGUUCCCCAAGGUUUGUCGAAUUUGGCGUGA